UCCUAUUAAGAAGCAGUCUGUAAACGCAUAUCCAGGCACAGCUACAUCCAAGAAUGAGGAUCAAAUACACAAUAUCCAUCGUCUUUUUUGUGGCACUUGUUAUCAUUGAAAAGGAAAACAACAUUAUCUCAAGGGUGUCAGAUAAACUCUCCUUAAAACAGACCCCCCAGACCCCUCAACCGCCCAGUGGUUUCUCACACAUUCUGCUGAAGCACAAUGGUUCCUUACCAUCACUCAGCAAGAUGGACUUGGCCUUCAUGUUGAUGAAGCGGCGCCUGGAGAACUACAGCGAGCACCAGGCGGUGGUGAGAGGGGGCAGCAGAAAACACAUCCUCCUGUUAGCCACCACCAGGACAGGCUCCUCCUUUGUGGGAGAAUUUUUCAACCAGCAGGGAGACAACAUGUUUUACCUGUUUGAACCACUGUGGCAUGUGGAGAAGAUGCUGACGCUGCAGACCGGUGGCACUAACGCCACAGUGGCAGCCAAGACGUACCGUGAUGUAAUCCAGCAGCUCUUCCUGUGUGACUUCUCCCUGCUGGAGAGCUUCAUUGAACCACUCCCUGUGGACCACAUCACCACUGCCCUCUUCCGCAGGGAGUCCAGCAGCUCUCUGUGUGAGGAGUCGGUCUGCAGCCCCUUCAUCAAAGGGGUCUUUGAGCCUUAUCACUGCAGGACCAGGCGCUGUGGGCCCCUGAACCUGACCAUGGCAUCUCAGUCCUGUCUCCAAAAGGAGCACAGAGUAAUCAAGUCAGUGAGGGUGCGCCAGCUGGAGACCCUCCAUCCUCUGGCUGAGGACCCACGCCUUGACAUAAAGUUCAUUCAGCUUGUUCGAGAUCCUCGGGCUGUACUUGCCUCACGCAUGGUGGCCUUUGAAGCCAAAUACAGGAACUGGAAACAGUGGGCUAUCGAUGGGGAUGUUCCCAUUGGUGAUGAUGAAGUGAGAAAGCUGAAAGGCAACUGUGACAACAUAAGGAUGUCCGCUGAGGUGGGCCUCAGGCAGCCAGAGUGGCUGCGUGGGCGUUACAUGUUGGUGAGGUACGAGGACAUUGCUCGGUUCCCCAUGAGGAAGGCCAUGGAGAUGUACAAAUUUACUGGAAUCCCCUUCACUCCACAAGCAAAAUCCUGGAUCCUGAGGAACACCCAGGCCUCUAAGAAGACCAGCAGUGUUUACUCGACACAGAAGAACUCCUCAGAGCAAGUAGAGAAAUGGAGGUUCAGCUUGCCAUUCAAAAUAGCUCAGGUUGUACAGAAAGUUUGUGGGCCAACGCUGAAGCUUUUUGGGUAUAAAUCCAUAAGCAGUGAAGAAAUGCUAACCGAUAAAUCUGUUAGUUUGAUUGAGGACAAAGUGUUCAACUUUUUAUAGACUUUGACAGAUAUGAACUCUGAACCCUGGUGCAGGAAAUACCAACCUUUCAGAAAACUCUGGAAUGACUUAUAUUUAUUAGGGUCUUUUAUCCUGAUACUGAGAGCUAUAUAUUUUGUGGUAUUUAGUGUGGUAUUUAGACAGUGUGGUAUUUAAAGCUUUUUACUAUUUAAAAUGUUUUGAUGAAGAAAAUGUAUGGUUGGUCCUAAAACACUUAUAAAGCUUUUAACUCUUAAAGGAAACUGUACAUAUGGGUAUAACAGUGAAAAUAGAAAACUAACUUUGUUUUUGCACUGUUUUCUCUGUAAUAAUGAGCUCUUUCGAACACAUCCCUGAAUCUCGAUUAGUUAUUUUUUAACCAGUAACUCCUGAGUCAGCAACAUAAGCUGCUUUUACGCCAAAGAAACUUGAAACUAUGAAAUAUUUUGCAUAGCCAAAAACAAAAUAUUGAUUGCUUUGUAUACAAGUUCUCAUGGCAGGAAGAGGAAAUGCCAGUGUGUUGCCAGGUAAUUUCUAUACAUGAGAUUUUCAAGUAUGUCCCGUGCUUAUUUAUUUAUUUCUUCUCUUUACUAAGUCAUAAUGACUCUAGCUCUGAAUGUGCUCUGUGUGUUCUUUCCCCCUCUGUAGGGGUACUUUUCUUGCACAUUUAUACUGUAGUUUGCUGCACACGCAUGUUUGUAAUUGGCUAAAAGUUGUUUGAAGUUGUCCUUGGGACUGUAAGGACCCGUUCUGUAAAAACAGAUGUUUACACUGCCACUGUAUGCAAACAUUCCAACUGCAGCUGGUUUGCAGGAUUGUGUGAGGUUGGUCAGCAAGUCUCUGUCUGUUGACACAAGUCUCUUGGCUGGUGAUAAAAAGAGCCCCCCCCCACCCCCACCCCCCAUACGCUGGCCUGCCAAACUGUUUGCUGAUGUUCCAGUCUGUGCCUUUUGCGUUUUUGUUUGUUAAAAUAAAUGUUCUUCUGCAUUUACUGUAAAACAUCUUGCUUUUGGCAUGAAAAUUCGGUCUCCAUCAAAACUCUUAGCGGAAAGAGUUUUUCAUUUAACUUUCACAUUUUGUCAUGUUUGUCAGUUAUCUUUCAGAUCAGCGUAGAGGAUGUUAAGAACUUAUCCAGGUGGUGUAAAAUAUAAGGAACGCAAUACAAUACACAGUCAACCGUUCCUCUGCAUUAAAUAAAGACGUUCAUAAAGCUUCUAAUGGAGUAUGACGCUUCACUGAUCGUUAGUCGGGGUCUGCCUGCGAUUACAGCAUGUACCAAAUGCAGGAACACUACAUUAGCAGUAUUAACAUGACCUAAAAGUCUACAGCCGUAAUGUGGCAUGCUAACAUGGUUACCGUGACAAUGCUAGCAUAACGUUUAUCAAGUGUAAUGUUUAAGCUGUUCACACCAUGGUUAUUUGGUCACACAGCAAAGCAAUUGACUAAUUGAAAUUUUGACCUCUUAUUGCCACAAGAUGGAAAGAGCUCUAUAAAAGAACCAUUCACAGUUAAUUUCAUCAUUUUAGUUGUGAAACACAACCACUCGCUGAUUUCCAAAACUUCACUUUGAGUGGUUAAUUGAAGUGUCUCCGGCUCUUUGUUGUUCUACCUAAACCAAAUGUUUAAACUGCCUGCAGUCUGACUAGUUUGUCCCUGAGGAGGCAAGAAGCAAGCACACUGUGGAGGCUUCCUUAACUUCCAGCGUGCUCACCACUGUGGGCCCAGCUAUUUAAGUCUGCAAACCUAGUAAUUACCUCAACUUUACAUAUAAUGUGGUCCAAGUAAUUUUGGUCCACCUGACCCCACCCGCUUACAGAAACACAGGAAAGCUGUCCUUUAUAUAGUCUUUCUCUUUCCACUGCAGUCAUUAUCUUUCACACCAAAAGUGACCUUUUUGUUUAAAUACAUUUUGUUAGACUCAUCUGAGCUCUCGCACAGCUUGAAGCAAAGCUUUGAAGUAUGUUCACUCAUAUCAACAGAUUAUUAUCUGGU